UGACAAUUUCCGAUAAACUAUGUCUUAUAUCGAUCCAGAUAGCUCCGCUUUGAUGUUUUAAUCUGGUGUCACUUACGUUUUUAGGUAUACUCUGGUAUAUGGCAUUUAUAGCGCAUGGGGGAUUGCAUAUAAGUCAACUAUGUGUAAGACAAAAAGCCAAUCAGUUGUUCGAGACAUAUUUGCCUUUGACAGAAUAGGUACAGCAGCACACGAAGUAGCACACAGCCUUGGAUCGGAACAUGAUGGAACCGAAAACGACUGUUUAAGCGAAACCCAUAAUGUAAUGGGAGUUGGAAGGAGCCCAAAAACAAAUAUAACCCUAUCAACAAAUUCUUGGAAGUUUUCUUCGUGUUCAACUAAGUACUUUACUGAAUAUAUAGACUCCCUUGACAGCGACGGAGACAACUGCUUAAAGACAUUUGGUCCUUAUUACAACGAAACCGCAUUAAACCAGUACAACAAUAUACUUCCGGGACAGUUCUAUGAUGUUGAUGAACAGUGCAUCAAUAUUAUGGGUAGUGGAUCAGCUUUAUGCAGGGGUCUUUAUGCAGGAAAUUUCAGUCAGAUAUGUAAUGUUAUGUCUUGUUUGAAUCCAAAUGAUCCAAGGUAUUGCAAUCGAUUUAUUCCUGGGGAUGGAACACCUUGUGGUGAUGGAAAGUGGUGUAUCAGAGGAAUAUGUACUACAAAUGAACAGGCACCGAAAGUUGAUAACGACACUUGUUUAUUUGCCGACUUGCCGGUUCCUGUAUAUUAUGACGCGACAUGGAACUGCUCUGAAGUCGUAGAACGGUACCCUUACCGCUGUUUGAAUCAUUCCUGGGUACAAAAUUCAUGCUGUAAAAUGUGUGAACGUAUAAUGAAUACAGCCACAUCAACUCCAGAAUCGUCAACCACAGUUCUGACGACGCUUUCACCUACCACUACAACUUUGAAAUCAACACCAGAGACCACGUUUUCGCCUACCACUACACCUUUGAAAUCAACAUCGGAGACCACGUUUUCAUCUACUACAGCACGCACUUCAACUACUACUACAAUGAUGACAACAACAACAAAAGAACUAGAAGAUAACCUUGGUUCCACGGCAAGUUCCGUGUGGCAAAACAAAUACGCUACAGUGAUUCUGUCAAUUUUGAUAUUAUUUAUAUAACUGUGCAAAACCAUUCUGCAAAUAAAAGUCAUACGUAUAUUUUCAUUUACGAAAUGUUCCAAUAUGAGUCCCUGCUUAAGAUAAUCAAAGAGCUGGAGAUACAUUAUAAAUCUGUAACAACUUGUUUUUAAAUAUUUUUGUAGAAACAAAAUACUUAAUAAUUAUAUUGUUUAUGAAUGAAUGGGAGUAUGGCGUUAACGUCAGUGAUGUGAUGCAUUAAUUCAACAGCUGAACUUUGUUGAACAUGUUAACUCUGUCAUGUUUUUAAUUUGACUGUCCCAAGUCAGGAGUGUGUAGUCCAAUAGAUGUCAUUGGUUUUUGUCUAUCAAAUUUUUUUUUUUGCUUAAUGUUAUACUAUAGUUUAAAUCGGGCCGUUUUCUGUUUUGAAUUGGGUCUUAUGUAAUUCCGGGACCUUUUAUAGCUAACUGUACUAUAUACUUUUUUCCCUCAUUGUUAAAAGACGCAUCUUAAUAGUUUUCAAACGGAUCAUACUUGGUAAUAAUGCCGCAUCUCGUCAUUUUUAUAUCUGAAGUUUUCUCUUUUUUUCAUCAAUAAUCAGUGUGUAUGUUGCUUCUUUAGCUUAUUACAGACAUGGGUAAACGAAGAAAUUUAUUUUAUAGAGACGGACGGUAGCUAUAAAAGUAUCACAACAAUGAAUAGCAAUGAUACUUUGUAGUGAUUAUUUUCAAAGAGGGUCUGAUAAGGCCACUUUUUUGGUCCCUUCAAUUCGAUAAUCAAAAAGUAAUAUCAAUAUAAAAAAUAACAACUUUCAGAUUUUCAUAAGACAUUAUAGUCUGUUGAACCUGAAUAUUUAUAUUUUUGAAUUUUGUCUUACAUAUUGGCAUUAGAGCUUUAAAAAGUAAUAUAACAAAAAUACCGAACUCCAUGGGAAAUUCAAAACGGAAAGUCCUUCAGCAAAUGGCAAAAUCAAAAGCUCAUACACAUCAAACGAAUUGAAAACAAUAGUCAUAUUCCUGACUUGUUUAAGGCAUUUCCUUAUGCAGAAAAUGGUAAUUUUCUUUCUGUUUGUGCAAUACAGCAAACCAAAAAGAAAAGCCAAAAUAGCCUCAUUUUAAGAUCUUGUCAUUAAUUUUUAAAUAUGAGCAACAGUUUUACCCGAUAACAUUUUUUGCUACAAAAACUUAUUUUACAAAGAUGCUAAUGUGUGUUAAAUGUCUUUUUGGGCCCGGUUAAGCUGUUGCUCAUAUAUAUUUCGACCAAAAACUAUUCUUGAAUUUUUAGGUCAAAUACGUAAAUUUCGACAUGUUUAUAAGUAAAUCCACAACCAAGGAACCCCUUUAAAAAACUACAAAUAAACUGAGAUGAAUAUCAGGUUCUAUAGAAUAUAAAAAUAUUCUGCUCUGCAUUAAACACCCAUCGUGUCAACUUGUAGUCAAAGUAUAUAAUUUGACUGAGUACUCGACACAUACCCAAUCACGAGGGACAACUAAAUACAUUAGUAAAAAAUGUCUCAUUCGUCAACCAAAACUGCAUUUCUAACUUAUAAGUUUAUGAAGCAUGUUUCAUGUCUUAUGUAUACCUUUUUUUUAAAUACAUAAUAAAAGUGCUAACUCGAUUUCCGCUUAUAUAUAUUUAAAACAACACAGACACCAAACAAGUGUAGUGUUAACCCCCCCCCCCCCCCCCCCCCCCCCCCUUAUCUACAUGGUUACGUCAUGUCAUAAUAUCCAUUUCCCAUUUUCCCCAUAUAGCUUGUCCAUAUCUGCCGAUCAGAUGGCAAUAACUCUACGUCUACCAAGUUCUUCUCCAAAUGCUGUUCCUUAAAUGUAUGUGCAGCAUCAACAUUAACUCUUGCUUUGCUUUUCCUUAAAUAAUCAUACAAACUAAUUUUUACUACAGUGCUAGAACUAAUUGUGGAAAACAUGCGUUUUUUUCGAUUAAAUUUGUCUCCAGCCUUAUCGAUCCUGGCGAUCACAUCUAAUAUGCCAUCUCCAUCAACAUCCCCUAUGGACGCUAAAAUAUGCAAAAACAUCAAUUAAAAUGGAACAAAUAAAUGGAAAUCGUGCUUUUUUGGUGGCAAAUGCUAUUAUAUGUUCCUUGUCGACUCAAUGUAUAUUUUUCGAAAUAAAUUUUGAAUUCCGCAGGAUGUAACAUAAGGUAAAGUAUAUUUGUCUAAAUUUAUCCAGUAAACAUCCAUUUUUCGAUACGAAUACAGGUAUGCCAGACUCUUACUUAACGAAUAUCGCCAGAUUUUAGUUUCAUGAUAAUAAUAAGUCUUAUUUUAUUUACUUGUUUAUUGUAAUGUUAUAUUUUGUUAAACAUGAAACUUCUGACGUCACCUAUUGUUAUCUAUACAUAUUGUUAAUGCUUUAUCUUUAUAUACUGUAUUUGAAUACACUGAUGAGCCGCAAGUUUAAAAAUUAAUAAAGAAUUUGAAUUUGAA